UUCAAUCUCUGUUAUAUACGUUGUAUGGACCAUGAUAGUGUGACGUCAAAACGUCAAAAUUUUUCCAAACACGUUGUGUCUAGGGUAUACGCUACCGUGUACGCAAAUAAAAAAGUUAGGUAUAAUUAAACGUCAUAACAAAUAUUUUUCUAUCAAACAAACACUAAACAUAUCAAAAUAUCGUGUAUCAAAAUAUACAGUCACUGCCCACGCUAAAUAGUCACUGGGUACGUUCGGACGACCACAGCGGCUGGACAGCUGAGCCAGCAGUAGCUGUCAGACGUCACCGCUGGAAGCCAGCCGCUGAGAGAUUUACUAAGCUUUCCCUAUCACGGCUGGAUGCAACCACUCAGCCGAUUUCUGCUGCCAGCCAGCCGCUGUGGUCGUCCGAACGCACCCACUAGCUUGAUGAAGCUUAACUUUUUUAUUUGCGUACAUUUUAGCGUGUACCUAGACAUAACGUGUUUGGAAAACUUUUUUUGACGUUUUGACGUCACGACUAUCACGGUAACAACCACCAUGUACUGUGGUAACAACAUGCUCCACAGCUCCACCACUGAGCACAAGUUUGAUAGGUAAUGGCGAUAUUACACUGUUCACUUUUGCCUUUCAAUUUGGAUGAACCGUGUUACCGUGUAACCUCGCUUUAAGAUGUGGGUACGACAUAUGACAUAUGACAUGGACCACCUGGUUUCUUCGUUUCUUGAUUUUGUUUCUUUUUCUUUUCAUUAUUUUCUAUUUUCUUAUGGAUUCUUAUUAAAAUUUACACAGGUCUUGUUGUUUUCAGUUUUCAGUGCGAAUAUAAAACUGAAGUAUGGAAAUAACACAAGAAGUUAGUGGGAAGACUUAUAAAAUAGAAAGAGAUAUUAAUCAGGUGUAUGAUGAUCGUUUGAGUACCUUAGAAAUUGAAAUAAAAGAGGAACCCAAGCGAGAACAUAAAUAUGAUGCAUUUGACUAUUCAGAAUUCAAUCAACUUUCUGAAAACACUGAAUUAGAACAAGGUGAAUAUAAAUUUAAACUAUUUGGAGAAAAUCAAACAACAAAAAAUGAUGAAGGUUGCCCCAAGGAGGAGAACAACAUGGAAACUAUGGAAACUUUACCUGCUCAUUCAUCUCAGAAACAAAACUACACAGGUCAACACGCAGAAGGGCAAAUAUUAAACAAAAAUGGAGAAGUUGUGACUGGACAAAGGGCUUAUAAAUGCGAAAUUUGUUUAAAACAGUUUACUAGAAGCAAUUAUGUAAAAAUCCAUUUGAUAAUGCACACUGGAGAAAAACCAUUCAAGUGCAAAAUUUGUUUUAAGCAGUUUAGUCAAGCAACUCAUUUGAAAACACAUUUGAGAACCCACACUGGAGAAAAACCUCACCAGUGUGAAAUUUGUUUAAAACAAUUUAGUGUAGUAGGCCAUUUGAAAAAUCAUUUGAAAGUGCACACUGGGGAAAAACCUUAUAAGUGUGAAAUUUGUUCUAAGCAGUUUAGUCAAGCAGGUCAUUUGAAAACACAUUUGAAUAUGCACACUGGAGAAAACACUUACAAGUGUGAAAUUUGUUCUAAGCAGUUUAGUCAAGCAGGUCAUUUGAAAACACAUUUGAAUAUGCACACUGGGGAAAACACUUACAAGUGUAAAAUUUGUUUUAAGCUGUUUAGCCAAGCUGGUAAUUUGAAAACACAUAUGAAUAUGCACACUGGAGAAAACACUUACAAGUGUGAAAUUUGUUCUAAGCAGUUUAGUCAAGCAGGUCAUUUGAAAACACAUUUGAAUAUGCACACUGGAGAAAACACUUACAAGUGUAAAAUUUGUUUUAAGCUGUUUAGCCAAGCAGGUAAUUUGAAAACACAUAUGAAUAUGCACACUGGAGAAAACACUUACAAGUGUGAAAUUUGUUCUAAGCAGUUUAGUCAAGCAUGUUAUUUGAAAACACAUUUGAGAGUGCACACUGGGGAAAAACCAUACAAGUGUGAAAUUUGUUUUAAGCAGUUUUCCAACAAAGCCAAUUUGAAAAUACAUUUGAGAUUGCACACUGGGGAAAAGCCUUACAAGUGUGAAAUUUGUGUUAAAUACUUUAAUGAGGCAGGUUCUUUGAAAAAACAUUUAAGAGUGCACACUGGGGAAAAACCAUACAAGUGUGAAAUUUGUUUAAAACAGUUUACUACAACAAAUCAUUUGAAAGAACAUUUGAGAACACAUACUGGAGAAAAUUACAAGUGUGAAAUUUGUUUAAAGCAAUUUAAUCAAGCAGCUCAUUUGAAAAGACAUUUGAGAACCCACACUGGAGAAAAACCUCACCAGUGUGAAAUUUGUUUAAAACAAUUUAGUGAAGUAGGUAAUUUGAAAAAACAUUUGAGAGUGCACACUGGAGAAAAACCUUACAAGUGUGAAAUUUGUUUAAAACAGUUUACUACAACAAAUCAAUUGAAAGUACACUUGAGAGUGCACACUGGGGAAAAGCCUUACAAGUGUGAGAUUUGUUUAAAACGGUUUAGUGAAGCAGGUUCCGUGAAAAGACAUUUAAGAGUGCACACAAGUGUGAAAUUUGUUUAAAACAGUUUAGUGAAGCAGAUGAUUUGAAGAAACAUUUGAGAGUGUACACUGGGGAAAAACUUCAGAUGUGUAAAAUUUGUUUAGAGCAGUUUAGUGAAGCAAGAAUUUUAUAAACACAUUUGAGAGUGCACACUGGAGAAAAACCUCACAAGUGUGGAAUUUGUUUAAAGCAAUUUAGUCAAGCAAUUUUUUUGAAAAAUCAUGAUUGCACACUGGAGAAACGUCUUGCAAGUGCGAAAAUCGCUUUAAGCAGUUUACUGAAGCAAAUUUUUAAAAAUACAUGUGAGAGUGCACAUUGGAGAAAAGCCUUAUAAAUGUGAAAUUUGUUUUAAACAAUUUAGUGAUUCAGGUAAUUUGAAAGCACAUUUGAGAGUACCCACUGGAGAGAAACCUAACAAGUAUGGAAUUUGUUCAAAGCAAUUUAGUCAAGCUAUUGUUUUGAAAAAACAUUUGAGAGUGCCCACUGGAGAAGCAUCUUGUUGAUGGACCUCACACUUCAGCAAUACCACCCCGCUGAGCUGAAUAUUAAUGACUCUCUUAGUUGGCUGCAGGACUAUACAAGUGUGAAAUUUCUUCUAAGCAGUUUUCUCAAUUAUGUAAUUUGAAAAAUCACAUGAGAGUGCACACUGGAGAAAAAUCUUACAAGUGCGAAAUUUGAAGAGACAUUCGAGAGUGCGAAGAGACAUUCGACGAGUUUCAAAUUCAUUUGAAAACACAUUUGAGAGUAUGUUUGUUUUAAGCAGUUAUCUUAUACAAAUAUAUACAGGGUGUCCCAAAAACUACCGACAAACGAAGACAGAAGAUUUCUCAGAUAAUUUUAAGAGAAUUUAGCCCAAUUCACUUAGUCCGAAAAUGCUUCCUAAGGGAGCUAGAGCUCUUUGAAGAUGGCGUCAUGUAAUUAGUUUUUCUUAAAUACCUCCAGAACGCUUCUAUUUAGAAAAACGAAAAUUGGUAUGUAUAUUUACUUUCCAGAAAUGAAUCGAUUCCAUCUAUUGCAAAUUUCUGUUACCAGUCAUAGGCGUCCGUCUUGGGUAGGGCAACAGUUAUUUUAUCGCAUAACUUUUUUGUCUUUAACUUUUAAGCAUUUUUGACACUGGAUUAUUAAAUUGUGAGGUAUUCUAGUACUAAAAGGUACUCUUGUUUUAAGUCGGUAGGACACACCGUUUUCUAGAAAAAUCGAUUUGAAAGUUUUUCGCUUUUGGAAUUUGAAAAAAAAAUUGAAAAAAAAAACGAUGUAUUUUACUAACUUAAAGCAAGAGUAACUUUUAGUACUCGAAUACCUCAUAAUUUAAUAAUCUAGUGUCAAAAAUGCAUAAAAAUUAAAGACAAAAAAGUUAUGCUAUAAAAUAACUGUUGACCUACCCAAAACGGACGCCUAUGACCGGUACUAGAAAUUCGCAAUUCAUGAAAUCGAUUCAUCUCUGGAAUGUAAAUAAAAGUACCAAUUUUUGUCUUUCUAAAUAGUUUUUUUUAAUUUUUUUUUAAUUCACAAAACGAAAUAUUUUCUAAUCGAUUUUUCUAGAAAACGGUGUAUCCUAUCGACUUAAAACAAGAGUACCUUUUAGUACUAGAAUACUUCACAAUUUAAUAAUGCAGAGUCAAAAAUGCUUAAAAAUUAAAGACAAAAUAGUUAUGCGAUAAAACCGUUGCCCUACCCAAAACGGACGCCUAUGAUCGGUACUAGAAAUUCGCAAUGGAUGGAAUAGAUUUACCUCUAGAGGUAAAUACGCGUACCAAUUUUUGUUUUUCUAAAUAGAAACGUUUUGGUGGUAUUUAACAAAAACUCAUUACAAGACGCCAUCUUCAAAGAGCUCUAGCUCCCUUAGGAAGCAUUUUCGGACUAAGUGAAUUGGUUUAAAUUGUGUUAAACUUAUCUGAAGAAUCUUCUGUCUUCAUUUGUCGGUAGAGUUUCUGGACACCCUGUAUAUACAGGGCGUUUCAUUAAGAAUUGUCCAUAUAGUAACUGGAGAAACCUUAGCACAAAAUACGAAGAUUUAACCUAAAACACUUAAAUAAAAUAUUCCCCCUUGCCGAGAUACAGAGUGUUUUAUUACAGAUAUUCUAAAAUGAUUUUAGUCCAUUGGUAAAGCACCUUUUAAUACAUUUUUUUCAAACUUGACACACAGUUUACACAUGUUAGGAUACUUUGACUAAUCUUAAAAGAUAGUUUUCCGCUGUUACCAGAGGCGUCCUGUAGGGAAAUAUACUUUAUUUUCGCCCUCCCAAUCUACGCCACUGUCGUAAUAUUCAUUUCAGAAUGUUUUUUGAUCCUUUGUUACUUUUUACAUAAAUAUCAUCCUUUUGUUUCAUUGCGAUAAAGUAAGAAGUUUUCAAGUUAUUUGCAUUUAAAGAUGAUGGAUUCCAUAAGACUAUGUAUUUUAAACUACAUUCAAUAAGAUUAUGUGUUUAAAAUACGUAAUUUUAUUGAAUCCAUUACAUUAAAACGCAAAUAACUUGAAAACUACGUACUCUAUCGCAUUAAGACAAAAGGAUGAUAUUUAUGUAAAAAGUAACACAUAAUCAAAAAACAUACUGAAAUUAUUAUUACGACAGUGGCGUAGAUUGUAAGGGGAAAAGGGAC